CGGAAGUGAGGCAGCGCGCAUGCGCGUUAAGACGCCCGGCGGCGGGAGUCAGGCUCUUUUUCGCAUGUGACUCGAAGUCAGGUCUAGUAGAAGACUGUGAAUCCCAACGGCAGAGUUACCGUAGUUUUCAGCAGGCUUCUAUCAAACUACCAAACCAUGAAUACAGAAGACAGCUAUGAUGCUUUGGAUCCUGAAAAACUAAUUCAGUGCCCCUAUGACAAAAGCCAUCAAAUCAGGGCUUGUAGGUUCCCCUAUCACCUUGUCAAGUGUCGAAAGAACCAUCCUGGGAUUGUGGAACAGCUGGUCACUUGCCCAUUUAAUGCUCGUCAUCAGGUGCCCAAGGAACAGAUCAGCCAACACAUAUCAAGCUGUGAUGACAAACGAUGCAUCGAGCAGGACAUCGCAAGUCAAGCAGAGAAUAAAAGAAAAGUUAAUGUGAUAAGUUCAUGGCAGUCUCCUCCAUGUGAAGAAGACUGGGACAAAGAUAUAGCAAACCAAUCAGACUCUACUUUCGUUUGGGGCACAAGCUGCUCUGCAGUGAACAGUCCAAGAGCCAACCCAAUAAUACGACAUAGGAGCCAUCUAGCUUCAGGUCUGCGAGCUCCUAGAACUUUGCCUUUCAUUCUGCCAUGGAAGAACUAUGCUGAAAAUUGAAGGCCAUGGCAAAAACUGUUCCUUCCAUUGGCUCUCAAGUAUUCAUUAUCUACUCUUAGAAAGAUUGAAAUGCCAGCAAAGACACUGAUGCCAAGCUGUUUUCCUGUUUGAGGUUAUAAAACUAAAAGAAUUCAGGCUCUUAACUGCAUGUGUGCCAGUUAACAAUAUAGUUGCCAACAGCGUGUUGUUUAAUUGUUAUUAUGGAUAUAGAAGCUCACUCCUAAAAGGCUAGUAAAACAAAGGAACUUGGUGUAAAAGCAAGGAAGAAGAGUAGGAGAAAUUUCCAGACAAUGAAAAUCGUUUACUGUAGGAUUGAGGACUCUAUAGCUUUCUAGAUGUUGAGGUAUAAUUCCUAACAUUCCUUGUCAUUGACAAUGCCAGCUGCAGUUCCCAGAAAUUGGAAUCCAGCAACAUUUGGAAAACCACAUAUUUUCUACCCCAGUUAAAUGCCUUGAUAUGGUGAGUCAUGAUUCAUCCCCAUUUCCAAGAUAGCACACAAACAAAUCUGUUUCUUAGCACACAAACAAAUCUGAUGGUACAAUUCUGAGUUAGUUAGUUUUCUGAUUUAUGACAUAUUGUUGGUCCGUGCUUUUUGUUAGCUUAUUUUAUAGAGUCAGGGAGCACUGCAGAGUCGCCUUAUAGGGGAGAUGGGCAGCAUAAAAAAUAAAAUUGUUUUACUUGUAUUCUUUACACCUUUGUAGAUGUAAAAAGCUGUAUUUUGGUAUAUUCAGAUAUAUUUUGACAAAUGUGAUGGCCCCUCUUACAAAUUUUGGGAUUUGUAUUUGAAGGGAAAUGAUAACAUCAGUUGCUUGAAUAAAGAUUUACAGUUUAUUUGAA